AAUAUGCCGUCGCCUAACUCGUGUGUGUUCGCGUAUUGCACGUGUGGCUUCUUUAUUUCUAGCGGCCCACCAGGCGGCAGACGGGCCGCUUCUUUGGACAAGCACGAGGUGGACCCUUCGGUUGCGCUUCCUUUCCCUUUCUGGCAACAACAUUGCAGGCACCCAAGAAGAAAGGCGAGAAGAAGGCCGGUGGCGGCAAGAAGGGCCGAGGAGCGAAGGGGCCCGCCGUGGUGGACGCCCUCCCGCCGGAGGGCAUGACCAAGGAGCAGCUGGAGGAGCACAUUGGGCGUGUUCGGGAGGAGCUGGACCGCGAGCGGGAAGAGCGCAACUACUUCCAGCUGGAGCGAGACAAAAUCCACACCUUCUGGGAGAUCACUCGACGGCAGCUGGAUGAGAAGAAGGCCGAGCUUCGCAACAAGGACCGUGAGAUGGAGGAGGCUGAGGAACGCCACCAGGUGGAGAUCAAGGUUUACAAGCAGAAAGUGAAGCACCUGCUGUAUGAGCACCAGAACAACCUCACAGAGCUGAAGGCGGAAGGGACCGUUGCUAUGAAGCUGGCCCAGAAGGAUCACCGAUCCCAGGAAAUGGAGCUGCGGAAGGACAUGCGCACGCUGAAGGUGGAGCUGAAGGAGCAGGAGCUGGCCAACGAGAUGGUUGUGAAGAACCUCCGGCUGAAGCAGCAGGAGGACAUGACACGGCUGCGCAGCGACUUCGAGAGACAAGUGAGAGAGAUCGAGGCCAAGUAUGAGAAGAAGAUGCGCGUGCUGCGAGAUGAGCUUGACCUGCGCCGGAAGACCGAGAUCCACGAGAUCGAGGAAAGGAAGAACGGGCAGAUCAACACGCUGAUGAAGAACCACGAGAAGGCCUUCAGCGACAUCAAGAACUACUACAAUGACGUCACCCUCAACAACCUGGCCCUCAUCAACACUCUCAAGGAGCAGAUGGAGGAGAUGAAGAAGAAGGAGGACCACCUGGAGAAGGAGAUGGCCGAAGUGAUGCUGCAGAACAAAAGGUUGACGGAGCCGCUACAACGAGCCCGGGAGGAGGUGGCAGAGCUGCAGAAGAGGCUCGCCCACUACGAGAAGGACAAAGCCAUGCUGGCGAGCGUGCGAGCGCGCCUGAAGGUCACCGAGAAGGAGCUGAAGGACCUCCAGUGGGAGCAUGAAGUGCUGCAGCAGCGGUUCAGCAAGGUGCAGGAGGAGCGAGACGAGCUGUACGAGAAGUUCACCAAGGCUAUUAACGAGGUGCAGCAGAAGACGGGUUUCAAGAACUUGCUGCUGGAGCGGAAGCUGCUGGGCCUCUCCAACAUCCUGGAGAAGAAGGAGGUGCAGCUGAACGAGGUGCUCGCUGCCUCCAACCUCGAUCCCAGCGCCCUCAUGGUGGUCACCCGCAAGCUCGAGGACGUGCUUGAUUCGAAAAACAACGCCAUCAAGGACCUCCAGCUCGAGCUGGCCAGAGUAUGCAAGGCGCACAAUGACUUGUUGCGGACGUACGAAGCCAAGCUGACUGCCUUUGGAAUCCCCUUGGACAAUCUGGGCUUCAAGCCCCUGGAGACCUCGGUGCUCGGCCACACGCUGGGCCAGGGGCCGGCUGGGUUUGUUUCCACCCCCACGUAGCAGGGCCCGCCUUUUCCUCUGGCACACCACCUGCUCUCGCCUCGUGUCCAGGGCCGCUCUGUGCCCCCCUCGCGCGACUGAACCGCUGGGGAGAGGGCCAUGCAGCGCCCCGGGAACGGUCCAGGGCCGGCUCAGCCCGGUCUUGCAAUAAACGGGCCCUGCGCUCGGCUUUCCGUA